CUUUUUUUCUUUUUUUUUUUAUUAACUUGAGUAUUUCUUAUUUACAUUUCGAAUGUUAUUCCCUUUCCUGGUUUCCGGGCAAACAUCCCUCUAAUCCCUCCCCCUCCCCUUCUUUAUGGGUGUUCCCCUCCCCAGCCUCCCCCCAUUGCCGUCCUCCCCCCAACAAUCAUGUUCACUGGGGGUUCAGUCUUAGCAAGGUCCUGCAAUUCUUAAGAGCAGCCAGUGCUUUUAACAGCUGAACCAUCUCUGAUGCUCCCUCUUUUAUUUCAUUGAGAAGGGGUCUCACUAUGCAGCCCUGCUUGGUCUGGAACUCACAAAGGUCCACCUCUGUUUCCUGAAGCCUAGGAUUAAAAGUUCAAGACACUUCACCUACCUAAAGCCAUUAAAAAGUUUAUUCUGAAAGGACCUAGUAGGUAUGAAUGGAAAGAACAUAAAUUCUAAGGUCAGAUAAAAUUUAGUCCAAACAGCUCUUCCUAACAUCACAGAAGUGGUUAACUACAGUGUUGCUAAUUAGCAUUAAACGUCUUUUGAUUUGGGCAAUGUGGACCAAAUUAUUUACUUUGUGUUUAUUGAUAGUUAUAAUUAACAUUUUAAAGCAGCAUACUCAGUGAGGACUGUUCAAGAAACAUCAUAAUAAGAGACUUUAAAAAAUUUACUUUUCUUACUUAAAAGCAUUUUCUAAUCCUGAAAUGCUAUAAAGUGCUCUGGUUACUGACCCACAAGAAGAAACUUUUUGCUGGACACAUACAGUGAAGACCAGUCACAGUAAUCAAGAAAACACAUUUCUAUGCUAAAAAUAAAGACUUUACAAGAAUGCGGAAUUCUUGCAAAUCAGGCAUUACAGAAUUAUUUAGGGUUCUUCCAUUGAUUAUCCAUGCAUCCCUAUGAAGUCCUUGAGGAAAGCAUGUUCACUAAGGAGACAAGCCAGGCAAAGGAAAUACUGUAUACCAAGUUGGAACUUCAGGCACAGGUUCCCUUUUACAGAUUUGUGAAUGAGCUUGAGGUGGUGACUCUCUCACCCUCUCAUGAAGGAUUCAUUUAAAUUAAGUUAUUCUCCAUGAAGGGUUUAUGUAAAUCAGAUUAGGGUCAAUAAUCAAAAACUUAAGACAGAUAGAAGGCAGAUAACAUGCUACCACUUCUAUUGCUAAUCAAACCCCAAAUCUACUCAAGGAAGAGGUUAUUCAUGUCAUUAAGGACAGCAAACAGCCAGAAGAGGAUAUGACGAUACCCCCAUUGUUUAUAGAAACCAUGGGACGUUCGAACCAUCUCUCAGAAGGACAGUUAGCUACCGUGUCCCUGAAAUGACCCUUUCUUUUCCCAAGACUCUGAGCAAGGCGACAAAGAAAACAGGCUGAGAUCAGAACAUUUAGGUAAGGGCUUCUAGAGAGUAACUCAUCCCCUCUCAUAUAUCCUGGGAACAGUGGCAACUAGGUUAUCCUCAGAGAAAACCUGCCACCUAUAGGAUCAUUCAUCAAUUCCUCGGCAUGCUGGUCAUGCAAGGACACAACAAUCUAGGAAGCUCAUGGAGUCACUGCGUAUGUGGUCUGAUUUCCAAAGCCCCUUUCUUUCCCGGUGUUAAUCAGGUGUAAUAAAAAUUACCCUGAGAUGCUCUUGGUGCAGCUGGACACGACUGCUGAUGGAAAGGGGACACUCAGCUGUGCAGGGGUGGCCUGUGCUUUGUGCUACAUUCCUCUGAACACUAACGGUUAGUAUGGUCAUUCUCUACCCUGCUAGCAUCCCUGUUGGUAGCUAUCAAUAAAUACUUUAUCUAUGUAUUUUCUUCAGUUUCUGGACAAAUGGCUAGCUAUGCCACUGCUGUAGCACAGCCAGGCUGUGGAUGCUAUACUCUGGCAUGAACUUGCUGCCUGAAUCGAUGUGUAUCAUCAAGAGCAAACGAUGUAUAAGGAAUGUCCAACAGGUUGUUAAAGGAAACAUCACUUUUAACAACACAAUUGUCCUUCCUUUUAUCUGUGACUCUUCCUACUAUGCCAUUGCGAAUUCAUUCUAGGUCUUCUGAGUGGGGUCCAGCCAGAUAAAUGAAGCUAAGGUAACACUGAGAGAACCGUUAUGCUUCCUUUUUCCAGACAGGGAUUCUCUGUGUAGUCCUAGCUGCCCUGGAUUUCACUCUGUAGACAAGGACGGCCUGGAACUCACAGAGACCCACCUGCCUCUGCCUUCUGGGUGCUAGAAUUAAAGGCACGUGUCACCACUUCCCAGCUACUCAUUAUGAGUUUUAUAAGAACGUAGGCAGCACUAAAGUUAACAAGAAAGUUUAACAAUUCAUUACAAAGAAAGUUCGGUUCCCAAGUGCUGUCAUACUCUCCUACCGAUCUGUACAUCUUGCUUGCCACUUCUUGGGCUAUUCAUGUCCCAACAGGGACUUUAGUUUUAUUUGUAUACAGGUUAACUUAGAAGAUAAAGAGAACCAUACAUUUGCCAAUAAGUACUUUUCAAGAAAAUAAUGAUCCAGCUGUGGAGUAGAAGACAUCAAAAGAUUCUUAGGAACCAUGCACUUUUAUUAUAACGGAGAUGGCGCAAUUAAUCCAGCACUAAGUAGCAAACUAAGAAUUACAGAACUUAAAUAUGUUUAAGUUUGUAUUGGGGACAAACUGAGGCAUUGUAGCUCUUUUGUGGGUAAGGCAGAGCUGUGGAAGGAUUGCCUAAGCCAGAGGUUCUCAACUCGUGAGUCACAAGCCCUUUGGCAAACUUCUGUCUCCGAAAUUACCUACAUUAUAAUUCCUAACACUAGCAAAAUUAGUUACAAAGUAGUAAUGAAAAUAAUUUUAUGGGUAUGGGGCCACCACAACCUGAGGAACUGUAUUAGACAGGGUUGGAGCACUAGAAAGGUUAAGAACCACUGGCCUAAGCCUUUAAGGAUGCUUAGAAGCUGUGUAGAUUUCUUAACAGAAAAAUGACCAAACGCAUAUAGAGAUGGAGUAUAAUACUUUCCAGCUCCUGUUGCUGAAGAUUAAGAGGUCCAAUGAGGGUGGCUUGGGUUUUUUUUUUUUUUUAAUGCUUUCACCUUAUUGUAGACAAUUAAUAUUGCCAUUGAUCAGUAUCCAACAUCAGAAGGAGUUUUCAGCCUGUGCACUUGACUUGAUUCAGUAGGGAAGCUUUUCCCUUUUUCCGAUGUUCCCAUUUCUUGUCACCCGCCUCAAACCUCUGCGCUCCCAGGUUUCCUUUAGAAAUUUUCACAGUCAAGAGUGACUUUAUUCAGAGGAUGCCUAUGCCACAGGAGUGAAGUGCGACAUUACUGAUCCCAAACCCUGUUUCGGGUCCUCGAAUUUUCCUAUCUCCCGCCCCCCUCCCCCCGGGUCUUUCCAGUUAUCCUAAUUUAUAGGGAGAGCAAAUCAAGGAAAAAAAUUAAAUUAAUUCGCUUCCUAACGCGUUUCUAGGGCUUUUCUGCUUAGCAAAGGUAGUCUGGAACAGGAAGCAAUCUAGCAGGUAACCUGAGACGCAGAUGAGGUGCAGCACCGCCUGGCCCAGCACAGAGAUCAGCCUGAGACCGGUGCGAGUUCUGAGCGCUCAGCCGGAAAUGCUCCGAGGCCAGAACCGGAAAUGCACCUAGGGAGCGGAGUCCUUCCCGCCUCCGCCCUUCCAUGGCUUCCGGUAGGCGAGGAAUAGGCGGAGCCAGAGCCGGAAGCUCUGGCGGCUCAGCCUCUUCUGUGAAGUGGCGCGCGAGUGCUGAGUUGAACGCUGGUAGGCGGCGACUCUGGCCGCUGUCCUCUCCACUUUACUUCUAUGCCAGAGGACCCGGGGGAAAGCUGUCACCACUGAGCCAGUCAGCAUGCAGCUCGCACACUACCUCCGUGUCUAGGGACAACGCAGGCCUCCUGCGAUCGCCUGUCUGGUUUUCGGUUCCGUGAGCCCCUCCCCUCAUCACUAUGUACGACCGUGCUCCCCGCUGGCUCGACUUAGCCAACCGGGGCAGCACCGAGGAGCACGUGGGUCCUGGGACCUACCAGGUACCUUUUCCUAAGCAGCAGGCCACAGGUUGCUAUGCACCGUUUCUUUCUUUGAGUUCUAAAAAAGAUGCUUAUGUUGUCUCCUCUGACCCUGGGAAAGCCGUUCCAGGUCCAGCGCACUACAAUGUGUCACAAGCACAGUAUAAAAUAAAAGGAGGCCGCACUCUGCAAAACCGAGAGAAGCGAUUUAAGAAACUUAUUUCGGAUGGUCCAGGACCUGCAAGCUACGACUGCCCUUACCUUGGGACACUAUGUAUCAGAAUCAGACAGAAAAUCUGUAGGAAACCUGCAGUUUCCAGAAGCCUUGAUAUUCCUUCAAUUCCCUCUUCGGGAAAGUCGCACGGGUAUCACCUCAACGAGGACGACACUAUUAUGAGACGCACCCCACCUUCUAGUGACAAGACGAUGGGUCCGGCGUACUACAAUCCUCAGUUUGAUUAUCCUAAAGCAAGUUUGAAAUACAAAGGUGUAAAUUUUGGUAUUGCUACAGGAAGACAAGAAUUGCUCAAAUAUUCAGGCCCUGGCCCCGGACACUAUGAUAUCAUCCAGAAAAGGAAACUACGUUAUGAAAAUAUUAACAUCAAGAGAGAUCAAGAGCACUACUGUUAUUCAUAUGUUCCGCGGCUGUAUGAAGAGAUAGCAUUACAGGAAGAAAAAAAGGGAGUACCAGGACCUGGAAAGUACAACAUUAAAAGUCAAUUUGAUCACAUAAAGUCCAUGUCAACAAUUGUGGAUGCUUCAUCUCUUCUUUUCUUUCCUGAAACAGAGAGAUUUGAACCUAUCAAAUCGUCUACCCCAGCUCCUGGCACGUAUAAUGAAACACGAACUGCUUUCAAGGUCCCAAAGAAAAGAUCAGGACUGUUUUCACCAUUUGGUCAAAGAGCUGCCCGAUUCACAGAGGAUUACAAGGCCCACGAACUACCAGGUCCUGGUUUUUAUGAUAUCUCAACCAACAUUGUAAAAGCACAGGUUAAAAAACCCCACUUGAAGAAAAAAAUGAAAACUGGAUUUGGUUCUUCUGUGCCUCGAGCUCUGUUCGCAGUUCAGGAAAAAGCCUUCGCUGGCCCUGGGCCCAGUGAUUAUCAGGUGGUUAGAGGAAUUCAUGAUGAAUUACCUAACUUGAUGAACAAAUACGCUGCUUUCUUGUCAAGAGAAGAAAGAACUACACCAGUGCAAGAAAUGAGUCUUCCAGCUCCUGGCUGCUAUGAUGUUCAGAAAUCAUAUGAUAUGUCCCAAGUUCAACAUAACUACAUGCCGCCUCGUAGUUCAGUGGCUAAACAAAGGCAUUCCUCUUUCCUGAGUGCAGCUCCUCGGUGCCUGGGGAAAAUCUCUGAUGGGCCAGGACCUGCAACAUACAAUCCCAUUUUAAUGAAGUCUGGUGCCAUAAUCUCAUUCGUUAAAGCACCAAGGCGUUUCGAAGAGUUUCAGGACAAGUUUUCUCCUGGCCCUACGACAUACGAGCUCAGUCCAUUUUUUAGACAUUCGCUUCUGAAGAGAACAUACAAUGUCACUCUACCAUGUUCGGCUUCCCUCAAUAGAGAACAUGCUGGUCAUGCAGUGCAAAAAACCAGACAAAAAUAUCAAAGAGAGAGAUUUAAGCAUCCUAACUGUGGCAAGACAGAAGAGUUACCACAAUGUAAUUAAAUUAUGGACUCUUAUUUAACUAGUUUUCCAAUACAAAGAAAUAAAUUGUAUUAUAAUAAAUUAUAAUAAAUUCAUAGUGUGCUCAAGCCAGACAUUUUGGGAUUGUAUGAUAUAGCAGAAUGAAUAUCUUCUGAAUAAAUUGUAAUCCUUAUGUACAUUUAGACAAACAAUAGGUUUUCUCUUCUAAAGCAUUAGCAGAUAGCUUACUAGCUCUAAACUAACCACUGAAUUCCUCAUGACGAUGAUAAUACCUUAGGCCUGAUUAUCUAUUUUGUAAUGUAGGAUAGAACUUACACAGCUCGAUCAUGCUGUAUCUAAAGACCCUUUCCCAUUUCAGUGUUUAUACUAUUCAAAGGUAUUGUACUCAUGUCUUGAGUAUUUUUAUAUUAAUUAUUGCAGAACUAAAUUCUAAACAAACAAGUUAUUUAUCAAAGUAAUAAACAUCUCUACCUUCAAAUCUACUACAUGACAGCCUGUUAGAGGAACAAAUAAAAUUCUUUAUUAGUAUCACUGAGAUCAAAUAUAAAUAAUGGAUAUCUGUAUUUAUGAAGGUUAAGAAUUUCGCAAUAAUAUUAUUUUACAUUUUAUUUAUUCCCUUUUCUUGCAGUAAUUAUAAAGUAUAAAAUUGUCUGCAGCCAAAAUUAUGAUUCUAUUGGUCAGUGAUGAUGAUGACCUAGAUUGGAAUAGCCACAUUUAGAUGAGGACCAACUAUUUUGUAUUGAAAAGUAAUGUCCUUGUUUCAUUUUAAAUUUUGGAAAAUGUUUUGUGAAAUUAAAAAAAAAUCUAGCUUGGAAAAUAUUUUCUUUCUGCAUAUCUAGAUCACCAGUAUCUGUCUCCUAGUCCCCUAAUGAGCUGUUUUUG